CUAGAAAAAAGUAAUAUGACUUCUCGUCCUUAAUCCUAAAUUCAAUGUGAAAUUCGAUUCUGGAAAAAGGCAAUAUGACUUCUAGUCCUAAACCCAGGUUGAUCCUAUAAAUAGGAGCACAGCCAACGAUGGUGGAGGCACGCCAUCUUUCGAUUUCUAUUCUUCUGUUGUUUUUCAUUCUGAAAUCAGCUAGCACCAUGGAAACCCUAGAAGGUUUGAAGCACGCACUUAAGCCUAUUAGAAUUGUGCCUAAAGAAGGUGAUGAAAAGGGAAUGGUGGUUAAGCGUCAUGAUCAGGAAGAUCAUCAGCCAUUGAGUCCAAUGGCUUGUUUGUUUCAUGAACCUGACUGCAAUCUCUAUGUUAUCGCCAUGAUAGGCUCGAAAACUCGCAUCGACCCUGACGUGGUUAAAGCCAACCUGGUGCAUAGUCUCCUUAAACACCCUCGUUUCUUUAGUCUGCAGGUUAUGGAGGAGGAAAAGGGAGGAGAGAUGAAAUGGGUUCCGACAAAAGUUAAUUUGGAAAAGCACGUUAUAGUUCCAGACAUGUGUUCCGACAUGGAAACAUCAUCAGACAAGUACGUGGAAGACUACAUUUGCAACCUCACUAAAACAACCCUAGACUUUUCCAAGCCAUUAUGGGACCUUCAUCUCCUCAACGUCAAAACCUCCGACGCCGAGGCCGUCGCCGUUUUCAGGAUUCACCACUCCCUCGGCGAUGGCACGUCUCUCAUGUCUCUUUUACUUGCAUGCACACGCAAAGCCUCGGAUCCCACGGCUCUGCCUUCGGUUCCCAUGAUGAAGAAACCAAAAUCAUCGGCUGGGUCUGGAAAGUGGUGGAAGGCUUUCAGACUGGUUUGGAAUACGAUCAUCGAUGUUUUGAUGGUGAUCGCCACAGUGUUGUUCUUGAAGGACAGAGACACGCCUCUUAGGGGUCCGCCCAAUGUUGGAUCCACAGGACGGAGAAUUAUUCACAGGACGAUUAGUCUGGAGGAUGUUGUGAUGAUAAAAAAUGCAAUGAGCACUACUGUUAAUGAUGUUAUGGUGGGAAUCACACAGGCUGGUUUGUCUCGGUACCUCAAUAGGCGAUAUGCUGAAGGCAAGAAGAAUAAAGGGGCAACAGAGAAGAAAAAUAAUCUUCCCAAGAACCUUUCUAUCAGAGCAACUCACUUCAUUAACAUAAGACCAUCUGCAGGGAUCCAUACCUUAGCUGAAAUGAUGGAGAAAGGCUCUGAAGCAAAAUGGGGCAACUGGAUUGGCUAUGUCCUUCUCCCUUUAUCCAUUGCAUUACGAGACAAUCCUUUAGAUUACAUUCAAAAAGCUAAGGAAGCUAUGGAUAGAAAAAAAGCCUCUCUUGAAGCUCUCUAUAUACAUUCCAUGGCUAAGUCAAUUCCCAACUUAUUUGGCACUAAGACUGGAAGUGUUCUAUGCCUCAAAGUCCCCUCUCGUACGACAAUAUGGUUCUCAAAUGUAGUUGGACCCCAAGAAGAAAUUGCCUUCUUUGGCCAUCCAAUAGCCUACAUUGCUCCAAGUUGUUUUGGUCAACCCAAUGCAUUGAUGAUUCAUGUGGUGAGCUAUGUGGAUAAAAUGAAUAUCAUUCUAUCAGUUGAUGAAAGUACAGUCCCUGAUCCUCACCAGCUGUUUGAUGACCUUGAAGAGUCUUUCAACCUCAUCAAGAAUGUUGUGAUGGCUAGAGACUAAACUCCACAGAAUGUCAUGUAGCAAGGGCUAGGGUCAAUGUAAUUAAUAUAUAUAAUGUUCUGAAAUCAUUGUCUUAAGGUUCCUGCAAUAAUGAUGUUGUAUUAGAUGGCUCUCUACUAAAUAAAAAUGCCUCUCUACUGUAUUUUUAUCUUAAUUCAAGUUCAUAUUUUUUGGACUUUA